GCUCCUCAGCCAAUGAACAGUGAAGGGUGGGACCUACUUCUGUGGCCUACGAACCGCGAGCGCUAUGGCUGCUGUGAUCCCUGACCCGCGGCGCGUGGGCUUCGUGGGCGCGGGCCGAAUGGCAGAGGCCAUAGCGCAGGGCCUCAUCCGAGCAGGCAAAGUGGAAGCUCAGCACAUGCUGGCCAGUGCACCAACAGACAGGAACCUCUGCCACUUCCGGGCUUUGGGCUGCCAGACCACUCACUCCAACCAGGAGGUGCUGCAGAGCUGUUCACUGGUCUUCUUUGCCACCAAGCCUCAAGUCCUGCCAGCUGUUCUGGCAGAGGUGGCCCCUGUGGUCACUGCUGAGCACAUCUUGGUGUCUGUAGCUGCUGGAGUCUCUCUGAGCACCCUAGAGGAGCUACUGCCCCCCAAAACACGAGUGCUCCGGGUAUCACCCAACCUGCCCUGUGUAGUCCAGGAAGGGGCCAUGGUGAUGGCACGAGGCCUCCAUGCUGGGAACAGUGAGGCCAAACUCCUGCAGAACUUGCUGGAGGCCUGUGGGCAGUGCGAGGAGGUGCCUGAGGCCUAUGUGGACAUCCACACUGCCCUGAGUGGCAGUGGCGUGGCCUUCGUGUGCACAUUCUCUGAGGCCCUGGCUGAAGGUGCCAUCAAGAUGGGCAUGCCCAGUAGCCUGGCCCACCGCAUCGCUGCCCAGACCCUGCUGGGAACAGCCAAGAUGCUGCAGCGGGAAGGGCAGCACCCAGCUCAGCUUCGAACAGACGUACUCACACCGGCUGGCACCACUAUCUAUGGUCUCCAUGCCCUGGAGCAGGGUGGGCUUCGAGCAGCUGCCAUGAGUGCUGUGGAGGCUGCUACUUACCGGGCCAAGGAGCUCAGCAAGAAGUAGGGCCCAGCCUCCAGAGGAGGCCACCUGCUUCUUGCCUAGCCAAAACCCACAAGUGCAGAGUACCGCCCUAUGUGGUCCCCUACUCCUCCCCUUGCCCCUUCCCUAAGGACCAGCUCUGUGUCCAUCCCAAAUGAAUGUCUUCCCUCCUCUUACACAGGAAAAUGCAGCCCCACCUACGCAGUCCUCUUCCCAUCAUUUGUGGUUUAAUACCUAAAGAGCCCACUGUACUGGGUGAUGUUGGUUAUCAGGUGCCUGAAAUUUGGGGGCACUUUGAGGCCAUGAGCAGAGCUGCUGGCCACAAAAGCAACUGGACCUGGUUUGGAGCCUGAGUCUUUCCUUGGAUUUCCCAGCAGCUCCCUGGACUAUAGCCAGGGUAGCUCUCAUUCCAGCUCCCUCCGUAAAGCCAGUGGCCUUGGCCUGGCCCCCAAAGGGAGCUGAAGCACCUUCCCAGCCCCUGAGCAGCAAGCAGGUAGAGUGGUCUUCUCAUGGCUGAGGAGGCUGCAUUCAGGAAGCUACAGCUGUGCCAGCCAGGUCUGCUGCAGCACUAGGACAGCAUCAGGUGGGCAGAGGCCAGGUGGAAGAGCUGCUUGAGGUUUGGGGGGUGGGCCCCAGUCAGCGGGAAGACUAUAACCCUGCCACCAGCUCAAUGUAGGCCCCCUUCCUCCUUCAGAUCCUAAGCUCCUGGCACAUGGUCAGGUAGAGCUGGGCCCUAAAGACCCUCAUCUGGGUCAGAAGUCUAGGCCCUGUGGCCCCCAUGGACCUCUGCAGGACUGGACCCUUCUAAGCAUAUCAUUUAACAUAAGGUCAGGAACAUAGGACUAGGAGAAGAGCAAGGCCAUGGAACUGAGGACUGAGACUCAGGCCACUGGAUGGGGAGGGUCCAGGCUGGCUGGCUGCAGCUCUGACCCCUGCAUCUGGCACUACCCCCCAAUGCUUUCCUGGGCCUCUCUGGCCACAAAGACCCCAGGGUGCAGCACCCCCUACCCCGCUCCCCCAGUGUGGUUUCGGAUAGCUCCUGUAGUGCCAUCUGUUAGCUGGGUGACAUUAGGCAAGUUUACCUCAUCUACACAAAAGCUAAUGGCACUAUUGGGACAGAACAGGAUGUCUCAUUCUUAUGCACAACUUCUCUACCACACUGCUCACUAUUCUGCCAAACUUCCCCCUAAAGCUGUAGUCCCUGCCCUUCCCCUAGGUCCCUGCCUCGACUUCCCAUUCCUACCCCAUUCCUAGAUGGCUACACUCUUAAUUUCAAAAGUCACAGAAUUUUUUCCUAUUUGUUUGUUGUUAGUGCUUAACUAUACCAUGGUUCAAAUAUACAGACUGAUUUUUUUUGGUA